ACAGGUCACACACCACACACAGUCAUACAAUACGAAAUCCCUACACCAUUGCAGUCAUUCGACACAUCUCAGCUUGAGGUAUGGAGAACAUAAAUCAAUAUACAGUAAACAAAAAUAGAACAAAUUAAUUCUUAACCCUUUCUUAAAUGGGUACAAAAUACGGGAAUUCUUAAUUAACUUUCUGAAGUACAACAUAACCUACAACCUACAAUCUGUACUCAUAAUUGGUUUUUUGGCCUCUUUCUGCAAUCAUAAAUACGUAGAAUAUCGAAUCUACCUUCAUAAUUGGUACUUAUUUAUUAGAUUCAAAUUACAAGAGGAGAAAAAAGCGAUAAUAGUUAUUUGCUAAUGAUGAGUUAUCGAAUCGUCGAACUGAGUGUUUACUCACUAGAAACAUAACCUAUAAUCUCGUUGUCUAUGAUGAAAGUGAUAUAAUUCAAAGAUUAUCUGUAGAUGCCACGAUUAGAAAUUAGCGAAAGUAGUAAGUGUAAAAAGAAGUUAAAAUGUUGGAGAAUUAUGAGGACAUAACAUUCGCAAACGUUGCGGGAUGGAUUGCAUCAGGUGCAAUGAUUUUUGGCGGAGUGGUGCCGUACAUUCCACAAUAUAGGCAAAUUAAAGAAAAGCAAGAUGCUGAGGGAUUUUCACUUUAUGUAUGUUUGGCUCUCCUAGUUGCUAAUACUCUCCGAAUCCUAUUUUGGUUCGGAAAGCGGUUUGAGUUACCGCUGUUAUUACAAAGUAUACUUAUGAUUAUUACUAUGCUCAUGAUGAUCAGGCUGUGCGUGAAUGUUCGUAGCAAAAAUCAAAUUAUAAAGUCGAGAGAAAGAGUUUUUACAGACUUCCAAUCAUAUCUGAACUUCGUCCUGCUCUUUGGAAUCGUUGGAGGAGCGUUAAUGUAUCUCUUCCUGGAUAUUUUAAUUUUCGUUGAAGUUGUGGGACUGUUAGCAGUAUUAACCGAGGCGAUGCUGGGCGUCCCUCAAUUUAUACGCAAUUGCCAUAAUAAAUCUACGGAGGGUAUGAGUGUUGUGAUGGUGAUGAUGUGGACGUGUGGAGAUACUUUUAAGACUUGUUACUUUAUACAGCGAGAAGCUCCGAUUCAAUUUGGAAUUUGCGGAGCUCUUCAAGUUAUCAUCGACGUAUCAAUUCUUUUUCAAGUGUACCUUUAUCAUACUAAUUCAACUAGUACGAGAAACGUUGCUCGGACAGAUUGAAUCGAAAUGCCGGAAAGAGGCUCCGAAUUAUUACCAAACGAGAUACCUGAUUUUGAUUCUAAUCCCGAGGCUGUUACUGAUCUUUCUUAAUUAAUUUUAAGAAAAAUAUAUCAUUAAUGUCUCGUUCCAGCGACAUUUUAAAAAGACUAAUUGACUAACUCUGCGUCAAGCGAAAGAUGUGUUCCUUCGAAGAUUUUAUGAAAUUUGAUGUGUCAUACUCAAAUGUUUCUAGCAUAUCUAGUCUACCAAAUGAAGGUAACUAAGUUUUUGAAAAACUUUCGCACUUGUUACAAAAAAGAGAAGACUUUGAGUGAGAAUGUAUAAUAAUUAACGUAACUCUGUGUAGAAUUACAAGUAUCUUGUGUAUACGUUUAUAAAUAAAAAUAAUAUGUACAUAAAGAUAAUCUGCUGCAGUCUAUAAAUUGCGAUUGCUUUUAUAUU